CAACCCCGCGCUGCUCGACGGCUCAGUUGCUUAACACCGCGAGGACGACACGGUUGCGCCACGACGGCAAACACGCUGCUCUCACCAUCGGGACCAUCCCUUCGAAGCGAUCGUACGCCGCGAUAUUUAUUGCCACGCUCCUUUGAAAAUGACCAAGUCGCGAUCGGGUGUUAAUUGAACAAGAGUCCAUUGCGUGCGCGCUUCAUCGAACGGGAUCUCUCUUGGAAUUUGGACAAACGCGCCUUUAGGUCUAAUAUACACCUGGAGAGAAUAUCUAAAAAUCAUUCCGUGACACAAAGAUAUCUAAGUUGGCUCUAACAAACGCGUGAUAUCAAUCGCUGAAGAGGGAUUAUAUGGACAUAGGCGCGAUCAAAGCCCUGGAUAUAAUCUGUGUUAGAGAUGUAUGCAAGACAUACGUUGGCUGGCGUUUCUUGUCGAGAGUGCCGAUGAACCCCGGUCAAAACUCUUGGAAUAGUGUCAACUUUGAACUUUGGAUCGUCCUGUUCUCCGGACACAAUCAUCAGGUUUGGGUGCGGUGUUUGCACGUCGGUAUCAUCCCCAUUGUGUCUGAAAAAGAAGUUAUCACCGGUUAUCUUUGAAAUCAAUCUUUCUCUCUCAAAGAAAAUGAAAGAAGACGGUUUUCCAGAGUAUGGAACAACUCACUCAAGCUUGUACGUGCUUCUAUGAGUGAAACUUGACUAUGCGCGACACUCUCUGCGUGUGUUGUUUAGUGUUAAUGCCGAAAAGAAGAGACAAAGCUUCGAGUUACACUGAAAAGGCUUCGCGUACAAGCGCACAAAACAGUGUCGUGACAAACGACGGACAGAGCAAUCUGUACCUGAUCACAACGAAAUAUUUAUUUCAACGAAGUGGAGAACACAAGAGCAAGUAAAAAUUAUACAUCGUCGCGAUAUGAGCGAAAGAAAGUAGAAUUUCUCGUGUCCAUUUAACGAAACCUAUUGUUCACGUUCACCGACGGUUAACGAAACAUUGACAAGAUUGAUCGUUUUGCUAGCGAUAUCUGUCAUCACAACGAAAAUAAAUCGAAACAAAUCGUAUUCUGUCAUUGCAGAGCACUGAGUUGAUGUAUUUGCUGUAAAUAUUUGUUAAGGAAUCUUAGUUUUCAUAAAUAUGUACAAAAACGUCAUAUGAUUUGUUAGAUCUCCGCAUUUAGGCCUCCUUUCAUGUCAAUCGCACAUAAUACAACUUCAAGAAAAUCAAAUUUUCAACGGCCUUAAAGCAAAUAUUUCAUAACACUUCAGUGAAAUACUUGUAUGGCAAUACCCGUCGCACAGUGAUGUCAGGGUCUACCAGUUUUGAAACUGUUAUUACGUUUAUUCUGGCAAUUUUGCAACGAAUCCUACUGAAACUAGCAUCAAUUUUGUAAAAUUGUCAGAAAUUUUACAGUAUAUUCACUGAUUUCUGUGCUUAAUUUAUAAUCUAAUAUGAGAUUAAGUUAAAAUCCAAGAAAUAUACAACGAUUCUCUUUGAUCGAAUUCCUGAACGUCGGAAGCAUCUUCCGAGGAAACCGAACAACGAUCCAGGAGACCUAAUCUUUAUAAUCACACGAACACAAUCACACGAAGGCAAGAUAGAUAAGUUCGUUCUUUUGAAUGUACACUUUGAUGUUGGCUAGCGGUUUCGACCCAAUAUCCGCUUGUCAACACCUUCAUUACGUGCCUAUCGUGAAAUUCGAGGAUCAAGGAUCGACGCAGAUCACUUGGUUCUCGUGAACAAGCAAAUGAGAAUGUCACUUUGAACCCGUGCGAUCUCAGUCAAAGAACCCGAAGAUGCCGCAGCAGCAGCAACGAUCGGCUUUCGCGAUUCAAGAGCUGCUGGGCCUAGAUGGUACCGGAAACAGGAGCGGGACCGAUCGCGGGGGAUCCCCGCAAAGUUCGCCGCCCGCCGGUGUCUCGGCUGUUUCCUAUGCCCCAGCUGCGCCUCAUCACUCAAAAUUAUGGGAAUACAUGCCCAGCUUAAAUCAUUUAGGCAAUCUGGGGAAUCUGGGAAAUCUGGGGAAUCUGGGCAAUCUCACGGCCUCAAGGAUGGCCUACCUGAAUGCGCAGGCGGCCGUGGCGGCCGCCUUUCUACCGCCGCCCCAUCCCCACCCAGCCCACCACGUACCGCAUCAUCAGGUACAUCAAUCGGGCCAACUUCCGGCAUCGCCGCCCGGCGUCAACCUGCAUCCUGCGGCACAUGCGCAGCACGUACUGCCCGGUACGGCUGUAACCACAAAUCAUCAUCAACAUAGCCCGACUCAACACACACCGCCUCAUGGAUAUUCGCAAUCAAAAGGAUCAUUUCCGAACACGAGUCCAGGUGUCGGACACAACAUAGAAUCAGGGAAGGACUUCACAGUGGACGGACUCUCGGGUUUCAGCAAAAAGAAAAAGAAAAAGCGUCGUCAUAGGACGAUCUUCACGUCACAGCAGCUGGAGGCGCUGGAGGCAGCCUUCAAGGAGGCCCAUUAUCCUGACGUCUACGCUCGCGAGAUGCUAAGUCUGAGAACGGAUCUACCUGAAGACAGGAUACAGGUAUGGUUUCAAAAUCGGAGAGCAAAAUGGCGCAAAACGGAGAAAUGUUGGGGCAGAAGUACUAUAAUGGCAGAAUACGGUUUAUACGGAGCGAUGGUCCGACAUUCCUUACCACUUCCGGAAACGAUCUUAAGAAGUGCCAAGGAAAAUGAAUCCGUUGCGCCGUGGCUGUUAGCUCAAUCGUCUAAGACAAGCAGCUUUAACCAAGAUUUCGAAUGUAAUCAAGAACUGAUUGACUGUGGACCUGUAGGGAUGCAUCGAAAGUCGCUCGAGGCAGCAGAGCAUCUCAAAUCUGGCGGAGAGGACAGCGGUAACGAUCAAAACGGAAGCGGAAGCAGCCCCAAUCAUAAUCACCAUCAAGGAGGACCAACCAGUUCGGAAAGCGGACAGGAGAGUCAGGAUGGUAUGGGACCUUCGUCAUCUACGAGUGUUGUACAGGAUACAGAGCAACUCAGAAACGAGAGUAUUGCCUGUUUAAGAGCGAAAGCGCAGCAGCAUCAGCUACAAUUGAGCCUGCAACCAACAUCAGCACCGCCUGGCGGAUCGUAUCCGUCGGCACCACAAUCCAGCACAUUGCACACCUCGGUUUAAUCGCAAUUAUAUACAAGCUCUUCUCUCCUGAUAGUUCCGUGUCCGAUAUUUUUGCUGCUGAUACGGAAGCACAUCGUCCUGCCCGGCAGACUGUCGUAGGUGAAUCGGCAGCAUCGAUUUCAAAAUCAAGUGAUAUUUUUUUAAUGGGUACAUUAGAUGAGGAUGUGGAUCCUUUCGAGGAUCUUACUAUAUAAGGAUUUUACCGGGAUCACUUUUGAGAUUAAUCUCACAGUCAGACUGCAGCGAUCGUGGUGAUCGUUGAUGAUCUCGAAUUGAUUUCCGAUUGAUACGAUUCUGAUAUAAUACUACGUUCCUCGUUUUCGCGCCGUUUUCGCGAAUUUUUGCGACAAUUGAGAUUAUCCGAUAAUUCAGAAUAAAUCUUUCGUGAAUGUUAAAGAUACAUGCGAGAUAUGUACAAGCACAACGAAGCGUGACGAACCAACCGAUCGAGCGCCUGUUUCGCGUUAUCAUGCCUCGCGCAGCAAUUAGGCAGGCUUAUAAAUCGACACGGAUCCGUGUAAAUCCACCGCAACGACUUGACGUACAAUGAUAAAAGACAUUAACGGUAUCCUCAUAAUGAGUUUCGAGAGAAACGAAUUGCCGCCGGAAAGAGAAUGAACAAUGAAACUAAUUGUUAAGUUUAAUCUUUAUCAACGAAAUAAUAUAGCCUACUGACGAUUGGUAUAACGUACAAUGAAAGGUCAUAAGAAUUACACGUCGUCAACAAAUCUUUAGAGAAAAAUUUUUCAAAAAAAAAAUCGUUGGCGAAGAACGAGGCUUGAUUAUUUCCCGGUUGAUAUAAAUCAAGAACCGGCAGAUAAGAGUGAACAAAACUACCUAAGUAGAAUAUAAUCGCUUUUCAUAGUGCGACAGUAUAUGUAUGCAUGUAUGUGUGUGUGUAUGUGCAUAUGUAUGUAUGUGUGUAUGUGUGUAUAAAAGACAUGCGAAAGAAAAAGAGACAGAAUGAAGCGUGAUAAGAAAAUUUCGUCUUCAGAGCGUAAAUUUGCAACGAAUGUUGAGCAACGCAAAGAAUGAAGGAAAUAGAAAGAAGGAAAGAGAGGUUGUAUGAAAUAUUUAGCAGAAUAACAGAUUAUAUGAACACAUCGAAGAAGAUAAACCCGAAGACUUCAUAUUAUACAUAUACAUAACAAGCGCUCCCAAGACUUAUAAAUUUAUGACAACAUGCAAGCAUCGAAAGUUGAAUCGACCGUUAAAUUCAUGUGUGUAUUUGAGAGAAAAAGAGAGAUAUUAUAUGUGUAGAUGUGUAUA